AUGGAAAUCAGAAUGGGCUCCACUCCUCCUCCUCCUCCGUCUUGCCGGCUCUUGGCUCCGCGCUCAGGACAAGGGCGCAGGGUGGGUGCGCGGCCGCAGUGGGACAGGGGGUUGGUGGGACGUGUCUCCGAGUGGCAGGACUCUUUGUGCGGAGGCCAGCCUGUUUGUUUAGCCUUUCCCAUACAGAGCAGCCUCACAUAUCACAGCCUCAAACUGAUCAGCACUGACACCUUCACAGCACCAACUGUGUCCAGGCCCAAGGUGAUCCAUGUCCAGGAAGCAGGGGGUCAGCCGGGUCAGGCCUGA